GCAAUUCUGUAUUUUGCUCUAACCGGAAACGUGCAUAGACGUGGUGUUGCGAUAGUAAGCGUCUUGCUUUUGUUCUGUCUUUGUUGGCAAGGAUUUUAAAGAAUGUCUGCCUCAUCAAAUAUCCUCGCAAUGAAGAAAAUUGUCCAGCAGUUGCGUUUUGAAGCGAGCAUCAACAGAGUCAAGGUAUCUCAGGCAGCUGCUGACUUGCAGCAGUUCUGCAUCCAGAAUGCACUUCGCGACCCUCUGCUUACCGGAGUGUCUUCCAGUACCAACCCGUUCAGACCUCAGAAAGUCUGCUCUUUCUUAUAACAGUGCCGCGGGCUUAUAUGGUUGUUAGUCUAUCCCCAUCUGGAUGCCACACUGAAUGAUGAUUUGACAGAAGUGAAAUGUGUUGAUUACAAGCCAGCUACAUUAUUUUUGUACUGUACCUCAUUUCUAAUAAUGUUAUUUGCCAUUUUUUCUACUGGUGUAGGUGUGAAACUGAAUACAUAGCGUUUGGUAUGCAUUUUUUUCAUCAAAGAAAUUCAAAAUGCUUUGCAGUCUUUUGUAAAUCUCUGCAUAAAUUUGUAUUUAGUGAAAAACCACUGUGGCCAUGGAGGAGAAGAGACUGAUUUUAAAUUAAAUUGUAUUGUUUGUGCCUUUUAUGUGAUACAUUCUCUCUUUUUGCAACCUUCAUGACUGGACUUUUAUAAUAAAA